UUCAAUUAAAUUAUUAUUUUAACUGAAAGAAUAAAUAAUAUUCAAUUAAGUGGUACAAUAGGUAAAUUAGGGAUUAAAUAAUUUUAACUAUUUACAAUGCAUUUAAUGCACAGAAACUUAAAACUGUUGUCACAAUGCCUAUUACCAAACACAGCCUUAUAUUCAAUGCGAUGUUUUAUGACGAAGUCUUCUGGAACAGAUCAAAUGGAAUACUUAAAUUCAGCACUUGAAGGCAAAGUAAUAGAUUGGCCAGAAUUAAAAAGUAAAAUUCUUAAUAUACAAGGAAUCUUGAAUGAAAAGAAUGUGGACGCUGUAAUACUUAAAACAAUGGUUAGGAGCAGAAAAUUAGAUUUGGCAUUGUCAUAUUCUGAUUACUUAAAGAAUUCCAAAACAGUAUUGAGUAUAGGUGUUACCAAUGGUAUCCUUAACUUAUAUCAUCAAAAAGCAAGAAUGAACCCAUUGCUUGAAUCUGAAAGAGAAUUUAUUUUAAAAACUUAUGAAGAACUUUAUGAUAAGUACAAAGUUUUGGAUUAUACCACUGCAGAUUCACUUUUACAUGCAUUAUGUGCAAUUAAUGAAUGGAAAAAAGCUUUAAGAGUAUUGGAAGAUUUUAAAAUAAGUAGUACACCGAGUCAUUCAGCUUACAGUACCUUAAUAGGGACUCUGUUCAAAUGUAACAAAGACAAAGAAGCAUUAGAUAUAGUACGGAGGAGUUUAGCUGAUUUAAGACCAUUACAACAUUAUGCUUAUAAACAAUGGAUUGAAUAUUAUCAAAGAAAAUACAAAAGCAAAGGAACAAUUCUAAAGAAUUUAGAUAAAAUUUGUUCACAUAUAUCAGCAAAUUUUACAGUUAUUACAAAAGAGACAGCAGAUGAGAUAAAAAAUACAUAUGUUUCAUUAGGAUGGAAAGCUGAUUAUUCAAAAAUAAUACAUGAUAGUGGCCAGUGUACAUCAUGUGACACUUAUUUAAAUUGUCUGAAAAUAUCCGAUGAAGAGUUUAAAUUACUCCAAAAUGAUGUAAAGAAUAAACUCAUUGUUGGUUCAGAUUUAUUUCUUAAGACAUCACCGAAAGAAUUGAGUGCAUUUUUAAAGUUUGUUGAAUCAACUGCACCAUAUGAUAUUGUUUUAGAUGCUUUGAACAUUGCUUAUGCUGUACGCAGAGGCUCCCAUGCACAGAAAAUGUCUUUGUUGAAAACCGUUGUUGAUCAUUUUGAUAGAAAAAACAAGAGAAUAUUAUUAUUGGGUCGUAAGCAUAUGUUAACAUGGCACAGAAAGACUCUAGAAUAUUUGACGCGUAGAACAUGUAGCUUCUUUACUGAGGAUAUCUCACAAGAUGAUCCUUUCUUCUUAACUGCGGCUAUUUUAAGUGGACCACAUACAGACAUUGUGUCCAAAGACUUAUUGCGCGGACAUAGAUUUAUAUUGAAAGAUGAACAGCUAAAGCAAAUAUUUCAAAGAUGGCAAUGGCAGCAUCAGUGGAAAGUCUUUACAAAUAGAAAUACUGUUGUACAGCCACCACUACAAUAUACACCUUGCGCACAGAAAAACAAAGAUGGCUGGCAUUUGCCUUAUGAAAAAAUUAAUACUGAAGAUAAAGGCUACCUUCACGAUGGAAUCCCAGAUUAUGAUAGCUGGCUUUGUUUAAAAUCAAAAUUAGUUAGAUAAUUGUGCAAAUAAAUGUAUUAUUAU